UUGCUAGCUCCCGCCACCCCUCCACCCAGCCUGCCCCUUUUGGUGCCUCCCACCCUGUUGGAGUGAGCUUUCCCCACUCUGUGUCCAUAUGAAGUAGUCCCUUCUCCCCUUCCAGCCAUGCCCCAGGUCUCCUGCCUGGGGGUGAGGUGGAUGCGACCCCAGCAGUAGCCUUCCUCCCCUUUUCCUGCGCUACCCUCCUGGGGAGUUCUGCUUCCCCUGAGGUGGGUCACAAGAGGAGAUUAGAGAGAACAAUGAAGGUUGUGGGAUGUCAUCGCCAGCUCUGCCCCUGACUUGCUUUCUGACUCCAGCAAAGGGCCUCACCGUUGGAGCCUCAGUUUCCCCUGUGUGAAGUGGAGGCUUUGAAAGAGAUUCCUGCCUCCAGUUGUCUUAGGAUGCGCACAGGCAGAGUACAGCACAGAGCCAGGCACAUACAUGCUUAGCAAAUUACAGCUGAUUAUUCUGAGCAGUUUUAUCAACACUAAAAAAAUAAGAUCACAUAGUCAAUAUGUAAUAUACUCAGUAAAUGUUUUUCUUUUCAAAAACAAUAGAGCUUGGAUUCAGACAGACCUGAAGUUUGACUUUUAACAGUGUUAGAAAACAAACUUGGAACCAACCCAGAGCCAUAGAGACAGAAAACUGCAGAGUUCUGGCUGACCAGUGUUCAAACCCUGACUUCACUGCUUACUGGCAAGCACUGUGCACCCCUGUGCCUCCACUUCCUGGUCAGUUCAAUGGGGAUAAUGUCACUAUCUUCCUCCUAGGUUGUCUGAGUGGGUUAAUAUAAGUCACCCUUGGCGCAGGGAUGAACCUAUUAGCAAAAGCGGGUUAUGUGGUUAUAUUUCUUACAAAAGGACAGACAUUCCUUCUACCCAAAACCCCAAGCGCAAAACUGAAAUAGAUUAAGUGCAGAGCUGAGUGGUUAGCUGGGGGCUGGACAGAACCCCUGAGUUCUGUAAGUGCUGCUGUGUCACCCAGCCUAGGGCCCCUGCUGGUGGGUGGUUGGACUUUGAGACCUGUGCUCCAAGAUUCUGAAGACUCAGCUCGGCUGAGGAGGGGAAAGGGCUGGAGAGGGAGUUCUGGGAGGCUCCAGGAAGGGGGGGCCUGAGAGGUUGCCGGCAUCAUGCGCCUUCCCUUCCCUGGCGCCCAGCCAGCUCGGUCAGCCCCCUCGCGGCAGGAGGCCUCCGGGUCCCCCAAGCGUCCCAUCCCGGGGAAUAAACUGGAGAUAAGUCAGGGAGGGGACAGAGCGCCCCUGGGCACGCCUCGGAGAGGAGCGAGGUGCUGGAGGGCUGCACGGACUGUUGUGCGACAGAUAAAACCCCCGAUUAGGGGCUGCUUCAGGCUCAGAGAACUCCGGGAGCUCGCCAGGGUCACACAGCGAGACCCGCACAGUCGUGGCCCUGCCCUCUGGAUCCCGGGCCCCAUGUGGCAGCGCCCCAUGUGCCUGUCCUAUCCACCUCUUUCCCUUGCGGGGACGCCGCCAGUGAACGCUGCCCUUGCCCGCAGAUCGAGCACGGAGCUGCGCAAGGAGAAGUCCCGGGAUGCGGCCCGCAGCCGGCGCAGCCAGGAGACCGAGGUGCUGUACCAGCUGGCGCACACGCUGCCCUUCGCGCGCGGGGUCAGCGCUCACCUGGACAAGGCCUCCAUCAUGCGCUUGACCAUCAGCUACCUGCGCAUGCACCGCCUCUGCGCGGCCGGGGAGUGGAGCCAGGUGGGAGAACCACUGGAUGCCUGCUACCUGAAGGCCCUGGAGGGCUUUGUCAUGGUGCUCACCGCCGAGGGAGACAUGGCUUACCUGUCGGAGAAUGUCAGCAAGCACCUGGGCCUCAGUCAGCUUGAACUCAUUGGACACAGUAUCUAUGAUUUCAUCCAUCCCUGUGACCAAGAGGAGCUUCAGGAUGCGCUGACCCCUCAGCAGAGCCUGUCCAGAAAGAAGCCGGAGGCCCCCACAGAGCGGUGCUUCUCCUUGCGCAUGAAGAGCACCCUGACCAGCCGCGGGCGCACCCUCAACCUCAAGGCAGCCACCUGGAAGGUGCUACACUGUUCUGGACACAUGAGGGUCUAUAAGCCCCCUGCACAGACUUCCCCUGCCGGGAGCCCCAACUUGGAACCCCCCCUGCAGUGCCUGGUGCUCAUCUGUGAAGCCAUCCCCCACCCUGGCAGCCUGGAGCCCCCGCUGGGCCGGGGGUCCUUCCUCAGCCGCCACAGCCUGGACAUGAAGUUCACCUACUGCGAUGAGAGGAUCGCGGAGGUCGCCGGCUACAGCCCCGAGGACCUGAUCGGCUGUUCGGCCUAUGAGUACAUCCAUGCGCUGGACUCGGACGCAGUGGGCCAGAGCAUCCACACCUUGUUGAGCAAGGGCCAGGCAGUGACAGGGCAGUAUCGCUUCCUGGCUCGGAGUGGUGGCUACCUGUGGACCCAGACCCAGGCCACGGUGGUGUCAGGGGGCCGGGGCCCCCAGUCGGAGAGCAUCGUCUGCGUCCACUACCUCAUCAGCCGGGUGGAAGAGACUGGAGUGGUGCUGUCCCUGGAGCAAACGGAGCGACACUCUCGCAGACCCGUUCAGCGGGGCGCCCCCUCUCAGAAGGACGCCCCUAAUCCUGGGGAGAGCCUCGAUGGCUCCAGUCCCCGGAUACUGGCCUUCCUGCACCCCCCUGCCCUGAGCGAGGCCACUCUGGCCGCUGACCCCCGCCGCUUCUGUAGCCCCGACCUCCGUCGCCUCCUGGCACCCAUCCUGGACGGGACUUCAGUAGCUGCCACCCCCAGUGCACCCCCAGCUGCACGACGCCCCCAAAGUCCUCUUCCGGCAGAUCUCCCUGAUGAGCUACUUGUGGACAUGGAGAACGCACACAGACUCUUUGCUUCCGGGAAAGACCUCAAGGCAGUGGAGACAGAUCUAGAUAUAGCUCAGGACGCCGACGCUCUGGAUCUGGAGAUGCUGGCCCCCUACAUCUCCAUGGAUGAUGACUUCCAGCUCAACUCCAGCGAGCAGCUCCCCCGGGCCUACCACAGACCUCCGGGGACCGUUCCCCGGCCCCGCGCUCGGAGCUUCCAUGGCCUGUCGCCCCCAACCCCUGAGCCUUCCCUGCUGCCCCGCUGGGGAAGUGACCCCCGGCUGAGCUGCUCCAGCCCUUCCAAAGUGGACCCCUCAGCGACCUCCCCCAUGACUGGGGCUCGGAAGAGAUCCCUGGUCCAGAGCUCAGAGGACGAGGCCGAGGGCGUGCUGGGCGUGAGACCCCCCAAACGGUGUCCAAGUCCAGGUCCCGAAAACUUCCUGCUGCCUCCCCUCACCCUGAGUUUCCUUCUCACAGCCCCGGGGAACCAGCAGGACCCCAGCACCCACCUCCUGGGACUGAAUGAGCCCUUGGGCCUGGGCUCCUCGCUGCUCUCUCUGUAUCGGGGUGACGACGCUCCCCAGCCCAGGAGCCACUUCCAGCCAGCGGCAGGCUUGGCCCAGACCAACUGAGCCGGCCCCCCUUCCCACCUCCCCCCUCCCGCCCCGGAAAAGGACCUCAACCACACUCCAAGCCGGCAGCCAGCGCACAGGAUGGGGUGCCGGGAGAAGGCCCCCCUCUCUCCUUGCAGUGGCCCCCACCCGCCUCGGGUAUACCUCAGUCCCCACCCUUCUGGUCACCCCCAUUUGGGGGCUCUUGGGGUGGCCUCAGCUCAGUGACCUCGGGAGGGGGGUCCCUGACCCCUCCCCCUCCUUCUCUCAGGACUUCCCUUGGGGUUCUUGAUACUGGUUACCUCGUCCCUCUCUCCAGCUCUCUUGGCUUUAUUUUUGAUAAAUUGGGGGUGCGGGAGGUUGGGGUUCAGAUCUAUGUCUCUGGGCUCUGGGGUGUAUCGAUAACCACAAUCACAUUUCUUUCUAGCCACCUUUCUUUUAGUAUUAUUUUUAUUUUAUUUUGUUGUUGUUCUCAUGAUGUUUUUAAUGGCUACGAGUUGCCCAGGGACCCUAAGAAUGUGGGACUCUGAUCCUCCCCUUUCUUCAGGUGUCAUGGGGGGCCCUGAAGGCAGAUUUCAUGCCUGGCGACUUGUGCCGCCCGGCUCUUCCUUCCCACUCUGCUCUGGACAUCUGCCGCCCCCAGCCUCACUGUCUGGGGCCUUCUUAUUCAGGGUCUUCCUAUUUCAGGUAUAGCCUCCGCUUCCUCUGCUUCCAAACCACACGACCCCUGAACUUCCUGUGGUUCUAGACUGUGCAACCCCCAGCCUUCUCUGGUUCUAGAUGGCACAACCUCCAAUGUGGUCUGGUUUAUACCUCGCAUCCUCCAAGUGAUUCCAGAUCUCAUCACCGCCAGCUCCUUCAUUCUGGACCUCACUACCUCCAGUUGUUUUCAUACUUCAGGCUCCAACGGUGCUUACUUCCAAACCUCACCACCUCCAACUCCCUCUGGCUCCAGAGCCUUUGACCACCAGAGUCCUUUGGUUCUAGAACUCAUGCCCUGACUUCCUCUGGUUCUAGACCCCUCCCUGUAAACUCCCUUGUUCCACAUGCUACAUUCUCCAACUCCUGCUGAUUCCAGCGCUUUCAACCAGUGAUUCCCUCUGAUUCUGGACCAUAAAAUGCUAAUCUUUCCAUUGGUUUUAGUUUUCCUCACCCCUAACACAUUCAGUUCCAAAUCCAGACUUCCUAAUUACUAAACCAUUAUUGUUCUAAAAUCAUGAUGUCCAACUCAUUUCUUUUCACUCUCAAGCUUUUCACAAGCUUCGACUUGUUUUUCGCGUCAAAAGGAAGUAAAAUGAGCUUAUGUCUUCCACUUAAAACCAGUACUUCCAGAACUAGAUUCCAUACUCCAGCUCUUUUUCUUUUCUGAGACUUUAUGAUCUUUACUCACUUGUUCUAGACUACACACGUUCUAGACUUUACAGUUUCUGGGGCCCACUGAUUACACAUCUGAUAAUCUCCCUAAAAGCUACUUUCAGAUUCCAUACCUCAUUCUACAAAUUCCCUUGGUUCUAGACUGCACAAUCUCCACUCCCCCCUCAUUCCAGAUACCUAAAUACCCUAGGUUUAGAACUCAGUCUCCAAACUUCAUCUGAUUAUAGCCCUCGUGUUAUGAGCUUCUCUGGUUGUAGGGCUUAGAACUCCCAACUUCUGAUUCUAGGCCUUAGGACUAGAAUUUUGGUUCUAGUUCUGGAACCAAAUCCCACUGGUUCUAGAACUCCGUCUUCAGACUGUUUCUAAUUCCUGUCCUUACUGUAUAAAUUCCUUUGGUUCUAGACCUCACAGCCUCCAACUACAUUGGGUUCAAAUCCAAAUACUUAUGAUUCCAGAAUAGGGAUCUCACCUUGCAUUUCCUCUGAUUCUGACUCUUGCGACCUCUGAUUCCUGAUUCCAGACCCCCCACCCUCUGGGUUUCCCACCUGCUCAACUUGCUCCAGUUCCUAGUCUCUGUCUUAAAUCUUCCCAAUCUUGUCCUUACCCCCCACCCCCGCCCCAUCCCUCUACUCAUGGACUUCAAGUACAAGCCAUUCUCAGUCUCUCCCCUUUAAAAUAGCUGUCCUAAAACCACCUCCACUCCCUAAACUUUACCCAGGUAUCUGAAGGAUCUGGGCUCCCUCACAAUGCAGGAGAUAGCCCUAGCUGCACAGGCACACGCACAGCCCAGUCCGCCUAUCACAGAGUGGGGAGAGCGGCCGGGGCUCAUCAGUUCUCUCCACCCCAGGCCACCCCCGCCACUGCUGUGUCCCUCUGAACUCCUGGUGCCCCUUCUAUGAUGGUGCUGUUCUUGGUCUCCCACAGGAAGGCUUCUUCCCUCAGACUACCUCCCCCCUUUUUGGAAGGCAUUUCUCACUGAUUUGUCAGGGUAUGGCCUGUCCAGAUUGGUGCUAUGGGGGGAGAAGGGAUCCCCUCUUUUAGGGGUGACCUGGGCCCUCUAUGGAGGGAACUGUACUGAGCUGAGGGGGGGAGGGCAGACCAGCCACAUUGACUCUGAAACUCACUAAUCUGUACACCAUAAAGACCUCGCCUCGGUAGG